ACGUCCUCUAAACAACAAACAUUUCAUUCGUUCUCUUCCAUUCGUUCUCUUUCAUUCGUUCAUUUUCAUUAGUUACAUGUCAAAAUGUUGUCAGUAAAUAAUGUAAUUUGUAUAUUCAUCAUUGCCAUGUAUAGUGGUAUUGUAUUUUCUGACGAUUUAAAGGAGGAAACUAUAGACAGAGGUGCGCACAGUGAUAGAAGUGGACUAUGGUUUGGACCAAGACUGGGCAAGAGAUCUCUCACUAUUUCAAAUGAAGACAGCAGACCAUUUCUAAGGUUACUGGAGGCUGCAGAUGCAUUAAAGUAUUAUUACGACCAGCUACCGUACUACGAGGCGCAGGCAGACGAACCCGAGGCAAAAGUGACAAAAAAGGUUAUAUUCACACCCAAAUUGGGACGAAGUCUGGACGCCUAUUACGACAAGCGAGUGUCAGAGAAUGUGGACUUCACUCCCCGCCUUGGAAGAAGGUUGACUGACGACAUGCCCGCAACGCCGCCUGACCAGGAAUUAUACAGACCGGACCCUGAGCAACUGAGCAGAAAGUAUUUCUCGCCAAGACUUGGGAGAAAUUUGAACUUGACACCAAGACUUGGCCGUGAACUCUACGAAAUAUACCCACGUCAAAUAAGAGUUGUGAGAAGUGCAAACAAAACAACAUCAUCGUAACUCAAAAUGUACCGAUUUUAAACUUUAAUUAAGUAUUUUAUAAUAUUUUGGACGAAGUAAACACUUAUGACAACCAAAGUUGU